AGGUUGAUUCGUGGUUUCAGUGUUUUGACCAGUUCUACCUUUUUUUGUGUGAACGAACUUAAGUUUGUGUUUACGUGCUGAAAACUGCAAAGAAACUAGUUUUUGAGUGUCUUAUCUGUUAAUGGGAGUUUGUUGAUCAACAGGCGUUGAGGGUCGCGCGGCAAAAUGCCGGAGAGCGUGGCCAAGGACAGCAAGGAGGAUGCGAAGACGAAGAACAAAGAGUCGCCGAGGCGACGCCCGACCGGCAACGUCGCCAAGGUCAAGGUGGAGCUGCUCGAUGGAUCUAACAUGGAAUUGGAUGUCGAUCGUAAAAUCCGCGGACACGAGCUGCUGAACAAAGUGUGCGACAACCUUAACCUGGUCGAGAAGGAUUACUUCGGACUGCUCUACGCCGAUAGAGGAGAUCCCCGGGUGUGGAUCGAUCUCGACAAACGGGUCUCAAAAAUGCUGAAACAUGAACCGUGGUUCUUAAGGUUCGCCGUAAAAUUCUACCCACCGGAGCCAGCGCAGCUGCAGGAAGAAUUAACGAGAUACCAGCUUGUUUUGGCGGUUCGCAGGGAUCUACUUGAUGGUCGCCUACCCUGUUCGUCAGUAACGCACGCACUACUGGCCAGCUACCUUCUCCAAUCUGAACUUGGCGAUUAUGAGGAUACGGAAGUCGGUGCCGGUCUGUGCAAGCAACUCAAGCUGGUCCCACCGUCAUCUUGCACUCAGGAGUUAGAGGAAAAGGUCGUAGAACUACACAAGACACACAGGGGUCAGACACCGGCGGAGGCCGAAUUGAAUUAUUUGGAGAAUGCGAAGAAGCUCGCCAUGUACGGGGUAGACCUCCAUCCAGCCAAGGACUCGGAGAAUGUCGAUAUCACGCUAGGAGUUUGCUCGUCUGGUCUUCUUGUGCAUAGAGAGAAGCUCCGCAUAAAUCGGUUCGCGUGGCCGAAAAUCCUGAAGAUCAGCUACAAACGGCACAACUUCUACGUGAAGCUGCGGCCGGGCGAGUUCGAGCAGUUCGAGUCGACGGUCGGCUUCAAGCUCGCCAACCAUCGCGCCGCCAAGAAGCUGUGGAAAACAUGUGUAGAACAUCAUACGUUCUUUAGGUUGAUGUCGCCCGAGCCGGCAGCCCGCAGCUCCCUGUUCCCGCGGCUCGGCUCGCGCUUCCGGUACAGCGGCCGCACCCAGUACGAGUCGCGCCGCGCCGCCGCGCCCCGCGCGCCCCCGCACUUCACGCGCACGCUCUCCGCGCGCCGCCUCGCCUCGCGCAGCAUGGACGCGCUCGCUGGAGAAAAGGACGAGAGUCUCCCCGGGGACGCGGCCAAGCGGCACACCAUGCCGCCGCAAGCCGCGCCGCGCCCCGCCGCCCGGGACAAGAAGCCCCCACCGGGAGCCGUGAAGGUGAUGCCCACUGGCCCUGUCGAGAGGAAGGAUGAGAAACAACCGGUCGAGCAGAGAAGACCUGCUGAGAAUGGCACCGACACGACCAGCGACCCCGGAGCGAUGAACAACUUCGAACAGUCUCCGAAGAAGUCCAAGGGAGGAUUCGGCUUAUUCGGCAGCCGUAAAGAUAAGUCGCCUAAAGAAAAGUCGCCGAAACGUGACAAAUCGCCUAAACCGGACAAGUCGCCGAAAACAAAGGACAAAAAGGAGAAAGAACCUAAAAUCAAAGUGGCCGCACUUGACACUUCCGCCGACAGCUCCAACUUGGAUAGUUCUCUGGAUAAAAGUCCGAGUAAGGACGAGAAACCGAGCUUUACUAAGCCUUACGAGUACACGGACACAGAGAAAAGCCCCUCGCGCACUAAGCCCUUCAUUCAAGGAGGGUUCAGUUACGAAAAAGAACCAAUAUCUGAUGGAAAACAAAGGGCUGGUGAUGAGGCUCAAAGUCCGACUACAAGAAAAGCCGGACUCGCAUUCAAUUACGCACCAGGUGAAGACAAAAAAGUUGCCGAAAGCGCUGAAAAACGAAAAACUCCUGAAGAUCCUAGCAAAUUGAAAACGCCUGGGUUGGACUAUGUACAAUCAGCAGCUUUGAAGGAGCAAGCUAAGAAUUUAAUCGAUCCCACAUUAGCUUUGUUGGACUCCGAGAGAAUGCACCAUGAAGUACCAACGCCGCUGCCGGUCGUGGCUCCCAAACCAGACAAUGAGGUACAAGUUGUCAUAAUUACUGGUAAAUAUAACCCGAAGUCAAAGAAACUAGAUGAUGCCAACGGAACCAUCCUUAUUACCAAAGGAAUGCUAAACAAGUCUAACGGCAAGAUACAGACUGACAAAGAAUUAAUCAAUACAAAGUCUGGACAAGUUAAUUACACGGAUCCCGCGACAGGCAAACAAGAAACGAAAAACGGUCACGUGGAUUCAAAAUCUGGCCAUAUAUUAUUUACGUCUGCUGUAGUCGACCCGAAAACUGGUAAAAUUGAUCCCACAUUGGCUCAACAAUAUUGUUUCGUGGAAAAAUCUUUGGAUAAUGUUGGCAAUAAGCCUGGUCGUGAUGUAGAUUUGGUUGUAAUAACUGGGAAAUAUGACGGCAAACAUAAGAAAUUGGAUGCUUCUCACGGACACGUUGAUGUGUCUAGAGCAGUAGUUGGGCCCGACGGUACUGUAAGUUCUAAUUACGGUCUGAUCGACCCACGAACGGGAAAGAUAGACUACAUUGACCCGAAGACAGGCAAACAAGAACCCAAACAAGCCUACGUCGAUCAAAAAACAGGAAACCUUCUGGUUACGACCGGCGUUGUUGAUCCGAAAUCUGGUAAAGUGGAUUCUUCACUAGGUCAACAGUUCAGCAUCGUCGAAAAGGACGCAACUAAAGCAAACAGAGAAGUGCGACUGGUUGUUGUUACGAGCAAAUAUGACAUAAAGAACAAGAAGCUAGAUCCAACAUUCGCUCACGUUGAUUCCGUUAAGGGAGUUCUGAGUGGAUCUGAUGGUAAGAUUUAUACUGAAUAUGGCAUAAUUGAUCCUAGAACUGGAGAGAUUCAGGUCACUGAUCCCAAAACGGGCAGAGAAGAAAUUAAACAAGCCCAAGUUGACCCUAAGACUGGAAAUAUCCUUUUGCUGUCUGGUGUUUUAGAUCCAAAAACAGGACAGUUGGAUACAAAUUUGGGACAGCAAUAUAGCAUCGUUGAUAAACCUAUAGAUACCUUUGGCCCAGUACCCGGGAAAGAAGUGCAGGUCGUUGCUAUUACUGGGAAAUAUGAUACUAAGAACAAGAAACUAGAUAAUCCCAAUGGCUUUGUUGAGACAUCCCAGGGGAUUAUAAGCGAGAAAGACGGUAAAGUGUACACAAACUUCGGUGUGUUAGAUCCGAACACCGGGAAAAUUCAUUACACUGAUCCGAAAACUGGCAAACGUGAUUCCAGACAAGCCAAUGUCGAUCCUAGAACAGGAAGUUUUCUUCUUACAUCCGGUGUCAUUGAUCCUAAGACAGGCAAAACUGACUCUUCUUUAGCUCAACAAUUUAAUGUCGUCGAUAAAGAUGCGCCAAAAGGCAUUCCUGAAAGAUAUGCUAAUCUGGUUAUUAUCACGUCCAAGUAUGACCCCAAAAACAAGAAGUUAGACAUCACAAACGCACAUAUCGAUAGCGUUCCAGGCAAAUACGACUUUGAUGACAAGGUUCACACUGAUUUCGGUGUCGUAGAUCCGGUAUCGGGUGAGAUAACCGUUAUAAACCCAGUUACCGGCAAACAAGAAGUGAAGAAAGCCACGGUAGAUCCCAAAACUGGUAAUAUGCUGCUGACCACUGGGGUUGUUGACCCUCAGACUGGACAAGUUGAUCCUACAUUAGGACAACAGAUUACUGUAGUAGACACGCCCAGAGAUAAAUUUGCAACAGUACCGGGAAGACAAGUUCAACUCGUCGUUAUUACAAGUAAAUAUGACCCUAAAUACAAGAAACUUGACAAUCCGAAUGGACAUUUGGAAACAUCACGAGCUAUAAUUGGUAAUGACGGUAGAGUCCACUCUAACUUUGGAGUGAUCGAUCCCAAAACUGGAAAGAUUGAGUAUAUUGACCCUAAAACUGGCAAACAGGAAAUCAAACAAGCAGUUGCUGAUCCUAAAUCGGGUCAUCUCAUAGUUUCUUCGGGUAUCGUAGAUCCCAAAUCAGGAAAGGUUGACUCGUCUUUAGCCCAGCAACUGGCUAUUGUUGACAAGGAUUCUAAAGCUAUUCCCGAGAAAUUCGUUAACUUGGUCAUUAUAACGUCCAAAUAUGACCCCAAGACUAAGAAGCUAGACUUGGCUGAUGCCCACGUGGAUACUAUACCCGGUAAAAUUACACCUGAUGAUAAAGUACACACUGACUUUGGAAUAGUAAACCCGAAUAACGGAGAAAUUAUUCUAACCGAUUCUAUUACGGGCAAACAAGAAAUUAAAAAAGCUAGUGUUGAUACAAAGACUGGCAAUCUACUUCUUACCUCUUCAGUAAUCGAUCCACUUUCAGGACAAGUUGACCCCACACUAGGUCAACAGAUCAGUGUAGUCGAAAAACCUAAGGACACAUUCGCCACAAUCCCUGGCAAAGAAGUUCAACUCGUAGUAAUCACGAGUAAAUAUGACCCCAAAACAAAGAAAUUAGAUAACCCUAAUGGAUUUAUUGAAACGUCCAAGGGUGUUGUAGCUUCUGACGGUCAAGUACAUACUAACUUCGGGGUCAUAGAUCCUAAGACCGGCAAGAUCGAACACGUUGACUCUAAAACAGGCAAACGUGAAUUGAAACAAGCCACCAUCGACUCAAAGACAGGACACUUGACCAUAAGUACCGGUGUUGUGGAUCCCAGAACAGGAAAAGUCGAUCCUGGUUUGGGUCAACAGCUGACCAUUAUUGAUAAAGACGCUCCUAAAGAAAGAUAUGUCAAUUUGGUCGUAGUAACAUCGAAAUACGACCUUAAGAACAAGAAACUAGAUCUAUCGAAUGGACACGUUGAUACCCUUCCUGGAAAAAUUGGUGCUGAUGGUAAGGUACACACAGAAUUUUGUGAAGUCGACCCAGUCACUGGGGAAGUCACUCUAAUAGAUCCUAUUACCAAAAGAAGAGAUGUCAAGAAAGCAACAGUUGACCCUAAAACUGGAAAUCUGUCGCUCACGUCUGGAGUCGUUGAUCCCCAAACAGGUCUAGUCGAUCCUAGCUUAGGACAACAAAUAAGUGUUAUCGAAAAACCAAAAGAUACAUUUACUCCUAUACCAGGAAGAGAAGUACAACUCGUUGUUAUAACUAGUAAGUACGAUCCUAAACAGAAGAAACUUGACCAUCCUAACGGUCAUGUCGAUACUUCGAGAGGCGUCGUAGCUGCAGAUGGUCGAAUUCACACGAAUUACGGUAUUAUCGACCCUAAAACAGGAAAGAUUGAAUACAUAGAUCCCAAAACCGGGAAACAUGAAACUAGACAAGCAUUUGCUGAAUCACCAAUUGGAUUCAAGUCUGGCACUCUCAUAUUGGCCUCUGGAGUUGUUGAUCCAAAGACAGGCAAGAUCGAUUCAUCUCUAGCACAACAACUUACUGUUGUUGAAAAAGAAACGAAACCCGUUGAGAGAGAGAUUCACUUAGUUAUAAUAACGACUAAAUAUGACCCAAGGACCAGAAAGAUUGACCCAAGUCAAGGUCAUGUUGACACUGUCAGUGGAACCGUUAGUCCGGAUGGUAAAAUACGAACGGCCUUCGGAGUAGUUGAUCCCGCCACCGGAGAAGUUUUAGUUACGGAUCCAAGGACAGGAAAGCAAGAAAUUAAAAAGGCUCAAGUUAACCCUGCAACUGGCUACAUGGUUAUCACAUCAAAUGUCGUCGAUCCAAAAUCUGGUAAAGUGGAUCCAACCCUUAUUCAGCAAUUUAGUGUAGUCAAUAAGCCCGUUGUGCAACAUACUAAACCAGCUUCUAAAGGUGAAGUUCGUCUCGUUAUUGUCACAAGCAAAUACGACCCUUACACCAAGACAGUGGAUGCGGGUACAGGCGUUGUGGAUGCUUCUAAAGGAUACGUUAGCGCUGAAGAUGGAAAAAUACACACAGAUUUUGGUAUUAUUGAUCCGCGAUCUGGACAAAUACUUUACAAAGAUCCUCUGACCGGAAAACAAGAACUAAAACAAGCUGAAAUCGAUCCCAAGAGUGGUAACUUGAUUGUCACGACUUCUGUGGUAGAUCCGAAGACGGGCAGAAUUGAGCCUACAUAUGCUCAGCAAAUCACUGUGGUUGAUAAACUAAAUGUCAUAGCUCCAGCAACCCAGAGGGUUAGUAUUUCACCAGUAAAACAAAUACCCACACCUGUGAAAACAAUACCCUCUCCUCUGCAAUCACCAGUUCGCACAUCGUCGCCGAUAGUAAGCAGUUAUGCGCAGAAAUCCGCACCUUUAACUCCAACCACGCCGAAAUCACCUGUUAAACCUACUAUGGCGCCUCCAGAACCACCCAAGCGAAAGAUUGUUAAAAUCAUGGUCAUCUUUACUAAACUUGAUCCUAAGACCAAGAAACCUGAUAUGAAUACUGCGGAAGUCGAACAUUUGACAGGUAUUUUAGAUCCGAAUGGCUUAAUUGAAACCAAGUAUGGUGUUAUCAAUUCAAACAAAGGUUGUAUUGUAUUAAGUGACGGUGCUGGUCAAAAACAGAACAAAGAUGGAAUAAUUUUGCCGGAAACCGGGCAGAUCUUUAUCAACUCUGGAGCAAUUGAUCCGAAGACUGGUAAGAUCGAUCCUAACAUGGGCAUGCUUUUAAGCGUCGCGAAACAGGACGAUCCCGUAGUUGAGAUCACAACUAUAACUGGCCCCAUUGACCCGAAGACUGGUAAAGUUAGUGUAGAUGACGGUACAGUAGAACUCACAAAAGGAAAGGUAGAUGCCGAAACUGGACACAUUUCUACGAAAUAUGGUGUAAUUGACCCUUCAAAUGGUGUCAUAUUUGUAACUGACACUUCGGAUACAAAACCUGUCGAAAUUGAUGAAAACAAUGGUCAGAUUACUAUAAGAGGAGUUACUGACCCGAAGACUGGAAAAGUGGAUCCUAAAUUGGGUCAGGUGAUUGUUGUUGGCACUCAUAUUGAUCCUGUAGUCGAAGUUACUACUUUUGUUGGUAAAGUUGACAACAAAAAAGGAAUUAUCGACGGCAAACACUCUGUAAUAGAAAGUACCACUGGGCAACUGAAUCCUGUUAACAAUAAGAUAGACACUAAAUAUGGUCAAAUUGACUUGGUAAAGGGAACAGUAACUUACAAUGACCCCAAGACAGGCAAAUUUGAAAGUCACGAUUUGAAAGUUGACCCGGUUACAGGACAGUUCUUAUUGAAAACCGGACAAGUCAACCCUAAAUCUGGUAAACCAGACAAAGAUGUUGGCCGAUUGAUAUGCUUGAGAAUUAUUCGUAACAAAGUCGAUCCUGUUUCCGGAAAACAAAUUGUUUCUAAUGACCCGAAGAACGUCAAGGUAGAUCCGAAGACCAACCAGAUUUGGAUAUCUGGUCCCAAAGAUCCUCAAACUGGUGAAAUAUUGUACACUGCAGGCCAAGUAGACCCUAUGACUGGAUAUAUCAUCACUAUUUACGGGCGAAUGGACCCCAGAACGGGAUAUAUUGUUAGAACAACUGACAUUGACAAAUCUUUUAUAAAAGUCGAUCCAGUUAAUGGACAAAUAUAUACUGCUACUGGUGAAGUAGAUGAAAACAAUGAGCUUCUAUACUCUGCGUCGCAAGUUGACCCUGGCUCCGGAGAAAUUUAUACUAAAUUGGGUAAAGUUGAUCCAAAGACCGGUCGCAUUGUGAUUGUCAAAAUAUAUGUAAUAACACAGAAAGAUGACAAGGGCAGGGUGAAGGAAGUCGAUCCAAAAGAAUGUACAAUCGAUGAGACCACAGGCAGGAUCAUUACCACUAAAACGGUCUAUUUGUACCAGAUUAUUGACCCAAUAACAGGAGAGACCAUUGAUGUAGAUCCAGAUGAUCCCAGACUCAAGGGAGCCAGGACAACAGUCACUCAAACUAUGACCUUGUCUGGCAAGAUUGAUCCAGUAACUGGUAGAAUUAAAACAGAAUAUGGUGACAUUGAUCCAGACACUGGCGACAUUGACCCUAGCACUGCAGUCAGGGACCCUGUAACUGGACAAUUAAUUCUUCAUUACUCUCAAAUCGAUCCAUCACAUUUCGAAGAUAAAAGCGGCAACUACACGAUAGAGAAGGAGACGCAAGACCUACCGGCGAACAUUGACAUCCAAACAGUAAACACGCAUAAAUUUUCUACGUUCGGUAAAGACGAAAGUCCACAAAGAGGCGACGAACCCAAAACCUUCACAGAGUACACGACGAGCGAACACAUCAGGCACCAGGGCUACGUGUCUUCCAACACUCCUUUAUCCUCUAAGAUCCCCGUUUCCCAACGCGCCAAGAAGACUCCCACGCCGCCGGUCGUCGUGAAGACGACCACGAAGCAACUGUUGACCAAGAACGAGGAGGGAGUCACGCACAACGUGGAGCAGGAGGUGGAGAACCUGGGCACCGGCGAGGUCACCUUCUCCACUCACACGAACAAGGCGGAAAGCCUCGAGCCGCUGGAGGGCAAGAGUCCGUACGUGACGGCGCGAGCGGUCACCACGAGGACGGCGACCACCCACCACGACCUCGACACCAAGGCGAAGACUCAGCAGCUCGAGGAGAAGACGGUGGCCCACACGCUCACGUCGUCAGCCACGCGACAGGAGCAGCGAGUGCUCACUCAGCAAGUUAAGACGAUGGUCACCACCGGCGAUCAGCUGACCAGACGCGGCUCAGCCAGUUCACUGAGCAGUGGCGACUCUGGCACGCCGAUCGACUUGGACGAGGGCGCCGGCGAGGGACACUACUACGUCACGGAGCCGGGCUCGUACCGCACGACGAGCAGCAGCACCGCCACCGGAACCGCCCCGCUCGGCGCCGCGCUGCGCGCCGCCGCCACGAGCACGGCAAGCGCGCCGCCCACCGAUGAAGCCGCAGCUGGGGAGGUCGUCUCCUCACAGACGAUCAGCUCGAAGACGCGCACCGUCGAAACCAUCACGUACAAGACGGAACGUAACGGCGUCAUCGAGACGCGCGUCGAACAAAAGAUCACGAUUCAAUCCGACGGCGACCCCAUCGACCACGACCGAGCCCUCGCCGAGGCCAUACAGGAAGCGACGGCCAUGAACCCGGACAUGACGGUCGAGAAGAUCGAGAUCCAGCAGCAGAGCGCGCAGCCCUAGCCGCCCGGGCCUCCCGCGCCGCCCGCCGCUCCACACGCAACGCUCAUACCAAUAUUUAGUUUUGCAAGAAACAGUCGUAACUCUUCGUACUCGACAAGUGGAAGAGUAGUGAGUGAAACCCUCACUGAUAUUCAAUACUUCAAUUAUUAAACUGUGCGACUGCAGAAUUAACGUUUGUCGAUGGCUCCUACACGAUACGAUUGUGGAAAUGCUCAGCUCGGGUACGUGCUGUGUUCACGAGUGCUCACAGAGGUCGGCCUCCAACGACGCUAAUGCCGCUCUAUCAUUAAACUGUAAAUUUAAUUUAAGAACAAUACCCGAGCAUCAAUUGCAUAUGACCACGGGCACUCGAGAAUGCCUUAACUUCAAUCAGGAAAGCUAAUCAUUUUUUUUGUAUAUUUAAAGAUGCCUCAUUGAUAUUUGAGUGUUUUAGAUUUUAAGUGUACUUUGAUAAGUCGAGCCUCGACCGACAUAGCUUUAAGCUCGCACGAGUCAGACCACCGCCUGCCGAUAGUGUAGUGCUGCCCGCCGCCACCGACGCUGUAGCGACGCGCGACGCCAGCCCGCCGCCACCAGUCGCUACAGCGACGCGCGACGCGGGCCCGCCGCUCCGGUGCUGUUGUUGGAGCGGACGCCGCCGCUAUAUAUUUACUGCUGUAGUCCAGUCGCGGAGCAGAAAGAAUUUCAUAUGUUAACCCCUUAUUUGAAGUCGUGGCCUAAAGGAUAAGUCGUCCGGUGCAUUCGUAUGUAGCGAUGCACCGGUGUUCGAAUCCCGCAGGCGGGUAUCAAUUUUUCUAAUGAAAUUCGUACUUAGAAAUAUUCACGAUUGACUUCCACGGUGAAGGAAUAGUAGAGUGCAAUAAAAAUGUACCCACACAAUUAUAAUUUGCGUAAUUACUGGUGGUAGGACCUCUUGUGAGUCCACGCGGGUAGAUACCACUACCCUGCCUGCCAUUUACGUUGUAGAUGUCUAUAGGCUCCGAUAACCACUUAACACCGGGUGGGUCGUGAGCUCGUCCACCCAUCUAAGGAAUAAAAAUAUUACCUGUCUUUGUCACUCCCGCGUAAAUAUAAUGGGUCUCGCUCGCACAGAUACAAUGACCGCCGGUCUCAGGAAUUGUAAAACUUUUACCUGAGACCGUAAGGUUUGUUUUUGUUGGCAUGUUGGCCUUGAGCAGUAAGGCAAGCAAUAACUCCGAUACAGAGGAAUCAGAUUUUGGUUUAUGAAUUUUCAUUUAUUUCUGCUAAGCUAGUAAUUUUAUUGUAACUCGAUUUUUAUAACUGUUUUAAUAUAAAAUCUAAAUAAAUAUCUUAUUGUUAUAACAAUAAUUUAUUUAUAUUUUAUAUUAUAAAAUUUACUAACUUAUUAAAUAUAUAAUUUAUUAUAAUAACAAAAAUUUAUUUAACAAGAUAGUAAUUUUAUUCUCCCUCAAUUUUUUUUUUAUGUAAACCGUGCUUAAUACAAAAAUGUUAGUGACCACUGUCAGUAGGUAAAAGAGGUCAUUUUAUGAAAUUCUUCCUUCUCCGCAACUGGACUAUACCAGCACUAAUAGCUUCUAACUAUCAAAGCUAUUACUGAUCGCUUUCUUAUUUGAAAGCUCCAAAAGCUCAUCUUGAGGAAAAAGAUCAGCUUCAUGUCAGUAACCGGCACUAUAAUUAAGGCCAGUUUUGUAAAAAAAAAACAUUUCAAAAAAAAUAAUGCGUUUUUUUUUUCGUCUUUAUAUUUCUCUGUAACUGCUAAUAAAGCACGUUAUUAAAGCUUUUUUUUGUUUUCGCAUAAGCGUUUAUAAAGUUUUUCGUUUUAUUGAUGACAUUCCAGAAACCUCGACAGGUUCUAAAGUCUAAUAGACUUUUAAGGCUAGAUCAUGACACUUAGUGUUUUUUUUUUGUUUUUGUUUUUUCGUGAAAACUUUCGUAUACUGCUAUUUAUCUAUGAGUAAUAUAAUGAGAUGUAAAAAUAUAUUGAGAUGUAUACUGGUGGUAGGACCACUCGUGAGUCCGCACGGGUAGGUACCACCGCCCCGCCUAUUUCUGCCGUGAAGCUGUAAUGCGUUUCGGUUUGAAGGGCGCGGCAGCCGCUGUAACUAUACUGAGACCUUAGAACUUAUAUCUCAAGAUGGGUGGCGCAUUUGUAGAUGUCCAUGGGCUCCAGUAACCACUUAACACCAGGUGGGCUGUGAGAUCGUCCACCCAUCUAUAAAAAAAAAAGGAAUAGCAGUAUAGUGAGUGCGACACACAGACGCCGCCGACGCCGCACAUCUCUUCCAUCGAUACAAUUGUCGCAAUACGCGCGUACUCGUAAUGCUAAUGUUUUUAUAUAUAUAUAUAUAUACAUAAUUAGAGCUUAAGUUUGUAAAAGCGCCUUGCUUGAGUUUACGUCGUGAUUUAAAAUCUGACCGGUUCGUAAUUUUAUAUUAUGCAUAUAUUUUAUUUAAGUGUAUUGACAUUUUAUUGAGUUGAGUCGUGAUGCGUUUAUGAGUAAUGAUAUAUUUAGUACGCGCAGUGGACUCCUUGUGAACGUUAUUCAGGACUCUGAAGGGAACCCUCGCGUGUCUGAGUAACUUCCGCAGGAGGUCACCGAGCGUUGUGGAGAUCGCGGUGCGGUCCGCGGGCACUUAGGGGCUGGGGACCGCACCGCGAUCUCGUUUAUAUCGGGCACAGACAUUUGUAAACACGGCUUCGAAUACGUAGUUUAUUAGAAUGUAUUUAUAUAUAUCUAACUAGCGAACCGCCCCCGCUUCGCUUCGGAAACAUUAAAUUUUAUUAUUGAUAGGCGAGUCCCGCCAUGUUGCGCGCGGUACGACAAUAACUGCGGGUGACGCCGCGGGGCGAAGCUAAUCUAAAGAGGUAGCCUAAGUUACUCCUUAUAUCAUCAGCUACCUAUUAGUGAAAGUCUCAUCAAAAUCGGUCCAGCCGUUCCAGAGAUGAGCCGGAACAAACAGACAGAAAAAAAAUGUAAAAAAUGUUAUUUUGGUGUAUGUACCGUAUAUAUAUUUAUAUGAAUGUAGUAAAAAGUGGUUAUUUCAAUAUUACAAACAGACACUCCAAUUUUAUUUAUAUGUAUAGAUUAUCCGAUUUCCUGUUAGUAUGUCCACGGACCACAGUUCUUGCUUCAGCAAGAAGCAUAUUAUAUUCAUAUAAAAUAUAUAAAUAUAACAUAUUAUAUUCAUAUAAAAGUGAUAUAUAGCACGUUGUAUUCAAAAUUGUAAAAAAAAGUGUUAAAACAAGUUGCCGGCUUUUACAAAUGUCUCGUCCAAGUUUUUUUUUUUUUGUAAUAAUUAUAGAUGUUUAUUUUUCAUAUUUUUUAUUAUUAAAAUUAAAUCGUCCCACUUUUCGUUUUAUUAUUAUUUUUAAUUAUUUAAAUUACGUGAAGUUAUGUAAUAGAUAUUAAAAAUAAAAUAAAGAUGCUUUGUUUUUA